AAUGUUUUAGUCCAUAUUUAUGUAAAAACGAAACUACAUUAGAGCGGAGCACAUUAAUGUGCAUAAGGCUGUUAAAUCUAUAAUUAAAUAGAGUGCGCUAACUGGAAUACCGUGCUGGAUCACAACGCUACUAGAAGAUUUGACGGGAUACUUGAGAACGAAGUAUUGUAAACCCAUAGAACACACAGCAGCUAUGGACGUCGAGGAAACCUACGAGUCACAAAGCACAACUGAGACACCGCUACAGCAGGGACCCCUGCAGCAGCAUAAUUUUAUUCACCAGCAGCAACAACAGCAGCUGCAUCUGCAUCAGCAGCAGCAGCAGCAGCAACAACAACAACAGCAUCAGCAGCAGGAGCAGCAAUUGCUGCAAGAUAUGCAAUGCGAACCGCUGUUUGGCAUCACCACAAACACAACAACAACAACAAAUCCCAUGAUGGACACUAGUAACAAUGCAAUACCAUUGCCGGCACCGCCCGGGAUGGGCGUCGUUCUGUCCUCGUCGGUGGCACCAGUCUCGUCAGUCGCAUUACCAUCACCCGCACAAGCAACGCAAAUCAAGGGCCUCGGGUCGUCUCUGCCAACAAAUGACUAUGAUAUCGACUCUCUGCUGCUGCAGCAAUUCAGCUGCAUGGGCACCACAGAUCACGAGGAUCUGAUCAGUCAGUUCCAGAGCCUCAUGAACAAUCAAAUGAAUCGCGACUCGGCUCGUUUCUAUUUGGAAAUGAGUAACUGGAACUUGCAAACUGCCGUCGGUUGCUACCUGGACUUUUGUAGUCUGCAAUCAUUGCCCUCGAUGAAGAUUGUGCAGGGCCAGCAUGUGAACGCGCUGCAGCAGGCCUUCCAGCUGCAGAACGACGGCACCGAACGCUGGCCCAAUGGCUGUUAUUUAACAUCACCGAUACAGACGCAACGCAUCAAUGUGCCGUCCCUGCGUCCCGGAGAAACUUGUGAUAUAUUGGCUGACCUGAUGCCCACUCAGCCGGCCAUCAUGUGGCGCUUGUGUACGCCCAACGGUUGGUACUUUGGCGAUACUAUUUGGAUGAUACCGCCCGGGACGCAGGCUAGCCAGGAUGAGCUACAGCAACGGAUGGUGCAGUUAAUCACCUCGGACGCUAAGCCAGAGGUUUAUCCACAGAUCAAAAUAGUGAUAACAACGCAUACGCAAUGAAAGGGGCCCACAUUUUCAUAAUUUUCAUAAAUUUAACAUGUUGCUUUCGUUA